AUGGCAAAGAUCUGCUUUGUACUUCUCGUUGUGGCCCUUAUUGCCUUUCUACAUGUCUCUGAAGCUCAACCUCCGAAAGAUAAAAAUGGCGACGAAAAAGUAAUUGAAAAUGACCUGCAUGAAGCAAAGGACUUGAUAGAAGAGGACUUGAAGGAAAAGGAAAAGAACAUCAAGGACUUGGAAAGCGAGGUGAGUAUGUUAACCAAAUCUGAGAAGAUGUUGAAUGACAUCGGAGAAGCUUACAAAAAGGGUAAAAGUUUAGAACCUUACGGGAAAAAGCUCAAGAAAUUCAACAGGAAGGUCAAGCAGGCACCAAAGGGAAAGAGAUACGGAUCCGUAGUUCAAAACAUUUUGAAGGAUUUGGGAUUAAACGGAGGGAGAAACUGA